GUGCAAAUCCAAUGGGAGUGAAUGGAGGAGUAGGGGUUCAAACAUCUAAUCUGCUGCCUGACUCAAUGUUACAUUCAACCAUGAAUUCUCAAAACCCCAUGAUGAGUGAAAGCACCAACGUUGCCAGUUUGGGAGCCAUGCCAACAGCUCAACCAUCCAAUACUGGAAUUCGAAAGCAGUGGCAUGAAGACAUUACUCAGGAUCUCCGAAACCACCUUGUUCAUAAAUUAGUCCAAGCCAUAUUUCCUACUCCUGACCCUGCAGCACUGAAGGAUCGGCGUAUGGAGAAUCUGGUGGCCUAUGCUCGGAAAGUGGAAGGGGAUAUGUAUGAAUCAGCAAACAGCAGGGCAGAGUACUAUCACUUGCUAGCGGAGAAGAUCUAUAAAAUUCAGAAGGAGUUGGAGGAGAAACGAAGAACCAGGCUGCAGAAGCAAAACAUGAUCCCAAAUGCUCCGGGCAUGCCACAAGCUCCCAUGAAUCAAGGGCCCAACAUGGGACAGCCCCAGCCAGGGAUGUCUCCAAAUGGCCCUCUUCCUGACCCAACCUUGAUACGUGCCAAUGUGCCAAACCAAAUGAUGAAUCGCAUGCAGGCACAGCCAGGAAUGAAUCAGUUUGGCCAGAUGAACAUGCAGCUGUCACCGAUGGGACCCCGGCAAACCCCUCCUCUUCAGCACCCUGGACAGCUAAGCCAGGCUGGGGCCAUCAACCAGAUGGGAUUUCCUUCACGUAUGCAGCAACCAGGUGUUGGCCAGCCUUCUGGUCAGAAUCAGUUUCUACAACAGGCCCAGUUCCCUGCUUCUUCCCCGGGAAUGAACACAGCAAGCAUGCCUAUGACGCAGCCUGGCAAUCAGACACCAGUUUCUCAAGCACAAAUGACGAGCGCUUCCUGUCCUGUGAAUUCUCCUGCAAUGGCUCCAGGUUCUCAAGGGAGCCAUAUUCACUGCCCACCUCUUCCACAGCCUCCCAUGCACCGAAAUUCUCCUUCUCCAGUACCUAGCCGAACCCCAACACCUCACCACACGCCUCCAGGCUUGGGAUCAACACAGCAGCAGGCAGCAGCAGCUGCCACUACUGCCCCCACACCUACUCCUCAGGCAAUGCCACCUGGACCACAGUCACAAACUAUGCACCCCCCUCAAAGGCAGACUCCAACGCCUCCGCAGGCACAGCUGCCUCCACAAGUCCAGCCUCCAGUUCCAGUUACCCCUUCUGCAGAGCAACAGCAGCAGCCCUUGUCACAGCAGAGUACGACUGCAUCUGUUCCCACACCAACAGCACCGCUGCAGCCUCAGCACCCCACAACACCUCUUUCACAGCCAGCUGUAAGCAUUGAUGGGCAGGUAUCCAACCCCCCAUCCACCAGCAGCACAGAAGUGAACUCUCAGCAGACUGUUCCAGAGCAACAGCAGCCACCCUUGCAGGAGGUGAAAAUGGAUAUUAAAACAGAUGAAGGGGAACCAGAACAAACAGAGAUGCAAAUAGAGGAGAAUUCUGAG